AUGAUAUUCAGUCUCACGGAAGAAAACCGGAAGCUGUCCAUUUGAGCUCAUUUGAACCAUGCCUGAAUGGAGGUGACCUAGACAUCUUAAAUUUCACGUUUUAUUGCGCUACAGUCUAUCUAAGACCCAAUUCAACAUACUGAAAUUAAAACAAACACGAAAUGGCAGAGGCUCACCAGGGACGUGUCCAAGCUGUAGUGGAAGAAAUGGUCCAGAGUCUGGAGAGGGACCAUAUUCGCAAAAUGCAAAGUCGUAUGUUCAAGUGCAGCGCGGAGUGUUGUGAUCGCUCCACAGACUCUAUGACCCAGGUACAUCAAUGCAUCGAAAGGUGCCACACUCCACUGGCUCAGGCUCAAGCUCUGGUCACCUCAGAGAUGGAGAAGUUUCAGGACCGCUUAGCCAGGUGUACAAUGCACUGCAAUGACAAAGCAAAAGAUCUUUUUGACUCUGGUGCUAAAGAGCCUGCUGUAAGGUCCAUGAUGGAGCGCUGUGUGGGCACCUGUGUCGAUGACCACAUUAACCUCAUUCCCAGCAUGACCCGAAAACUGAAGGAGAAUUUGGACUCUAUUCAUCAAUGAAGAAGGCCAUGGGCUGCCCUGUGAAAAACCUUAAGUGACUGGUGGUUACACUUGUAUUGUUACACAUGUAACAGAUGCACAGUCAACUCAUUCAGUUAGGUGGAAAUAAAUGAACUUCUCAUGAGUUCUUGAGGCUGUAGAUUUAAGAUUUCCAGUGUAAUCUUGUGACAGUUGUCAUGAUCUGUAUGAUCUGUACAGCCUCAGCAUAUGUCUUUGACUUGUGACUGGUUUGUCAGUGAAUGGCCAGGAAUCAUGGCAUGAUUCUCAACCCAGAGAGGAAUCGGAUCUCUGUACUGCCGUGUUUACCUACCAAAAAUAAAGCACUGUUUUCAAGUCUUAAA